CCGAUAUGUUAGGGUUUCCUUAUGCAAAAGAAUACAAUACAACAAUUAUUAAUCUCAAAGUUCCUUCUAUAUCUAUCUCUCUCAGUCUCUUUCUCUCUCGAUCUUCUUCAAUCCUUCUAUCGAUAGGCUCAGUAUAGGGUUUUCUUUUUUCCUGACAUCACUAUAAAACUAAAACCCAUUUUUCUAUCUUUCAAUCUUAAGUCUUUGUUAGGGUUCUUUACUUUAGAACAAGCUGUAACUUGAAAUAUCAAAUCAUCGAUACAAUCUGAGGAACGGAUUUGAGUAUUGCUUGAUAAAGUUUUGAUCUUUGGUUUAGCUCUAAACAGAGUACUUUUGGGGAUUGUAUAUACUGUGAAGGUGAUAAUGAUACCGGAACUGGGAAGAAGACCGAUGCAUAGAGGUAACGAAGAUUCAUCUUUUGGGGAUGAUUAUGAGCAAGAGAUUGGUGUAUUGCUCGGUGAGCAGCAGCGACGCCAAGAAGAAGCUGAUGAGCUUGAGCGAGACCUUAACUUGUAUAGAAGUGGCUCUGCUCCACCGACUGUAGAUGGUUCUGUUAGUGCUGCUGGAGGGCUUUUUAGCGGCGGCGGCGGAGGUGGGGCUCCUUUUUUGGAGUUUGGUGGAGGGAAUAAGGGUAAUGGGUUUGGUUGUGAUGAUGAGGAGCUUAGGAAAGAUCCGGCUUACUUGUCUUAUUACUAUGCUAAUAUGAAGUUGAAUCCGAGGUUGCCACCGCCUUUGAUGUCUAGGGAGGAUUUGAGGGUUGCUCAGAGGCUUAAAGGGAGUAGCAACGUGUUAGGUGGUGUUGGGGAUAGGAGAAAAUUGCCGGGUUUGGGGCUUGGAGGCAAGCAGAAGAGCUUUGCUGAUAUGUUUCAGGCUGAUAUGGGGCAUGGAAAUCCUCCCGCAAAGCAGCCGUCCCGUCCUGCAAGUCGUAAUGCCUUUGAUGAAAAUGCUGACUCUAAGAAUAAUCUGUCUCCAUCUGCAUCACAAGGCGGCAUUGGUGCACCAUCUCCAUACAGCUACGCAGCUGUACUGGGCUCUUCUUUGUCCAGAAAUGGAACUCCAGAUCCACAGGCCAUUGCUAGGGUGCCUAGUCCCUGCCUUACUCCCAUUGGGAGUGGGAGAGUGAGUUCAAAUGAUAAGAGGAACACAAGUAACCAUAGCCCGUUCAACGGUGUCACAACUGGUCUCAACGAGUCUUCUGAUCUUGUCAAUGCUUUAUCUGGCAUGAACCUGUCAGGCGGUGGCGGGUUAGAUGAACGGGAUCAGGCUGAGCAAGAUGUCGAAAAGGUCAGGAACUAUAUGUUUGGACUGCAAGGUGGGCACAAUGAUGUCAAUCAACACGUUUUUCCAAACAAAUCUGACCAAGCCCAUAACGGUACUGGUUCUUGGAAGAAUCCACAAUUGCGAGGGUCACAGGGAUCUGCCUAUAAUGAUGGAGGUGGACUGGGUGGACUGGCUACUCCUUACCAGCAUCUUGAUAGCGCGAACUAUUGUUUGAAAAAUUAUGCACUAAAUCCAGCUGUAGCUUCUAUGAUGGCUAGCCAACUUGGAACUAAUAACUAUUCUCCAAUGUAUGAAAAUGUUUCUGCAGCAUCUGCUAUGGGAUUUUCUGGAAUGGAUUCCAGACUUCAUGGCGGAGGUUAUGUAUCUUCUGGCCAAAACCUCUCUGAAUCACGUAAUCUUGGCAGGUUCAGUAAUCGAAUGAUGGGAGGAGGUGCUGGUCUGCAGUCACAUAUGGCAGACCCAAUGUAUCAUCAGUAUGCUGAUUCUCUUGAUCUUCUGAAUGAUCCGUCAAUGGACAGGAACUUUAUGGGUAAUUCAUACAUGAAUAUGCUUGAACUCCAGAGGGCUUAUCUCGGAGCUCAGAAAUCACAGUAUGGUGUCCCUUACAAAUCCGGUAGCCCUAACAGCCAUAGCGAUUAUGGGAGUCCAACAUUUGCGUCUAAUAUGUCUUAUCCUGGCAGCCCAUUGGCUCAUCAUCUUCUGCCAAAUUCUCUUGUAUCACCUUGUAGCCCAAUGAGACGAGGUGAAGUUAAUAUGCGAUAUCCAUCUGCAACAAGAAACUAUCCGGGUGGGGUAAUGGGUUCUUGGCCCAUGGAUGCUUGUUUGGAUGAAGGUUUUGGAUCUUCAAUGCUUGAAGAGUUCAAAAGUAACAAAACAAGAGGAUUCGAACUUUCUGAAAUAGCUAGCCAUGUCGUAGAGUUCAGUUCGGAUCAAUAUGGAAGCCGGUUUAUUCAGCAGAAACUUGAGACAGCAACAACUGAUGAGAAAACCAUGGUUUAUGAGGAGAUCAUGCCACAAGCUCUUGCCCUGAUGACUGACGUUUUUGGCAACUAUGUGAUUCAGAAGUUCUUUGAGCAUGGACUCCCGCCUCAGAGGAGAGAAUUGGCAGAUAAACUCUUUGACAAUGUUUUGCCUCUUAGCUUACAGAUGUAUGGUUGUCGUGUUAUCCAGAAGGCAAUUGAGGUAGUUGAUCUGGACCAGAAAAUUAAAAUGGUAAAAGAACUUGAUGGACAUGUGAUGCGAUGCGUACGCGAUCAGAAUGGGAACCAUGUGGUUCAAAAGUGCAUUGAAUGUGUGCCUGAAGAAAACAUUGAAUUUAUUAUUUCCACUUUCUUUGGCAAUGUUGUGACCCUCUCCACUCACCCAUACGGGUGUCGUGUUAUUCAGAGGGUAUUGGAACACUGCCAUGAGCCUGAUACACAGAGUAAGGUUAUGGACGAAAUCAUGGCCACUGUUAGUAUGCUGGCCCAAGAUCAGUAUGGAAACUAUGUUAUUCAGCAUGUAUUGGAGCAUGGAAAGCCUGAUGAGCGCACUGCAAUAAUCAAGGAAUUAGCGGGGAAGAUUGUUCAGAUGAGCCAGCAGAAAGAGGAGAAUGGCUUUGCAGUCCCUAACCCAGCCUCAGAUGGCGUAAGGCCGCAAGUGUUGUACAGCUUAACUAGGGUGGAUGGCUCUGCCAUAGCGUUUUGA